AUGAAAUUUUCCAGUUGCUUAGCAUUGCCCUUACUUGUUUCAUCAGUAUGGGCUACGAAGAAUGAUGCAGCAGUUUAUCAAUUGAAUUCUCAAGAAUCAAGUAAAGCCCCUGUUGUGACUAACAAAGAUGUCUUGCUCUACUUAUCAGAUAGGUUUGAUAUUUCUGAUUACUAUAAAAUAGGUGAUAAUAGAGACGAAGUCAUCGAAUUUAUUGAUCAACAGAAUGAGCUUAUCAACUCCAAAAACACUGACAAUGCUAAAUUACUUGUGUUGAUUAAUGGAGUUUCGAACCCAAAUGAAGUUUUCCAAUCCAUUAAACCAGCAUUUAAAAUAAAGGGAUCUAAUGGAUAUUUAAUCCAUUCUAUUAUGACCAAAUUUCCAAAACAAAUUGCAACUAUUGGUAAUUACAGUUAUAUCCCUUUAACUAAUGAAAUUAGACUAGUAUCUAAACAUCAUCAAGACAAUUCAUUGUUGAAGCAUUUCGAAUAUUUUAAUGAAAAGCUCGUGGGAAUUUGGAAUUCAUUUACAAAGACUGUGGAAACUGAUAAUCAAAUCAUCUUAACUAACAAGGUUCACCAAGACGCUACUACAUUGAAGUUGAUUAAUGACAAAUUGUUUAUAAAUGAAUUAUCACAAUUAGUGCACUUGAAUGCAGUGGCGCCAAAUAGUGGUGAUUCUAUGUUUAUCAACUUGAAUUCAUUAUUCUCUCUUGGUAAGAAGACUGGAUAUGAUUCGGAAACUUACAAUCUUUCAGUUAAAGUAUUAUCAGAUUACUUGGUUGCGUUAUCAGCUAAAUAUGAUAUUUCUGUCAUUGCAUUACCUGUUGAUAACAACAACAAACACUUAAGUAACCACUUACAAAAGAGAGGUCAAGAGCUAAACGAAAUUUUCAAAGAAAGUAAUGUCAACAAGAGAGCUUCCAAUAAUGGUGUAUGCUUUUCUUCUGAAGAUGCGUGUAAAGUUGGCACUUCAAGUUGUAAUUCCCACGGAAAGUGUGCCAAAGUUAAAUCAGGAUGUUGGUCCUGUGUUUGCGCUGCUACUCUUAAUGAAGCCAAAACAAAGACUACUAACUGGUCUGGCUAUGAUUGUAGUAAAAAGGAUGUUUCAUCAGAAGCCAAUUUGCUCUUGUGGACAACUUUAGCUUUGUUGAUUUUAUUUAUUGGUGGUAUAAAAUUAUUAUACAGCGUCGGUAAUGAAUCAUUACCUGGUGUUUUAGGAGCUGCUACCGUUUCUAAAAAGUCACAAUAA